AUGUCUGUAUCUGGAGAUAGCCAAAAGAGCUUCACUCACACUUACGAAGCAGUUACUCCCAUGGAUAUCGUUCGCGGUCAUAAUUACAGAGAAAUGGCACCUGCACUGCAGCCCACCGUCGAACACAGGGAUUCUUCGGAUACGUCAUCCUCAUCUCUGAAGAGUCCCCGGACAGCUCGCUUUGCGGAAGCAACGACGAUACAUUCUCCGACUGGUCCUGCAGAUACGGGGAGGUCACCAUUUGCAGAUCCUUCCAGCCAGUCUCAGACCCCUCCCGAUGUGUCUGAUGUGGGUUUUGGAUACGUCAAGGCAAACGACCCAGCGCAACAUGCCUCUCAUCAACUCCCGCCGUCAUCGCCCCUCAAAAGUGCUUUGAAGGUCCCCGGAACUCCUGGACGCACAUUAAACCCCCUCAGUCCAACUUUCCGAGAGGAGUUUUAUGUGGAGAAGCAAGAAAAGGUGGCGGAGAAGGAGAACGCCAGAGACCUGCGUAUUAAACUCCGUGUUCGCGUUGCUAAGAUAUUCCUUCGUUUUGUGAAUUUUGGCUGCAGUUUAAUCGUUCUUUCAAUUCUGGGAACGACUUUGACCAUAUUCCAUGCAACCAAGUCGUUACCGUCCCGCAGCGGUUUCCCCGCCUGGGCCAAUGGUACAAAUCCAUGGACGCAGUAUCUACUUCUAUCGGUCUCUUGUAUAUCAUUACUGGCCUGCCUGGUCGUAUUUUGGGGCUAUUGGAAGGGUGGUCAUAAGCGUGCUGAAAAAGUCGCUGUCUAUUACUCGGUCUUCUCCGUCUGCUUUUUCACAUUCAGUCUUAUUAUGUGGGUUGUUGCAGCUGCCCUCUACCAGAAUGACAAGGCCACUGGAAACGGCAAGGACCUCUGGGGUUGGUCCUGUAAGAAAAACACGAGAGAAGAAUUGUUUCACAGUGAUAUUGAUUAUGCCCUUCUUUGUCGUCUGCAGGACUGGGGGUUGGUAUGCGCUAUCAUCGAAAUAGUCAUUGAGGUCUUAGUUAUUCUCAUUUAUGCGGUGGUCUUCUAUCGAUUCUGGACCAAAAGACGGCUCGCAAAGUCAAUGGAUCAUCGCGAUAAAGCCAGAUCUGAUUUGUACCUGGCCCAGCUUCGCCUCCAGUCUGCGCCAAACACACCGGGGUUCCCUCACAGCGCAAAAAUUCCCGUUGUAUCCAGCUCCAUUCCCCAGGACGCUUACUCUGCUGCGGAAAAUGGAGAGUCAUGCUCCACGCAAUUUGCUACUCCUAAAUCUCCUACCAGGCCCCAGCCCACGUUCCAGCUACAACCACCUCCAAUUCGUGUGCAGCAUGCAACACCCAAGCCUAUGCAGGAAGGAUUUCCCACACCGACACCCGCAGCUGCACCUAUGCAGGGUGGGCCUCAACAUAUGGGUGCUGCUCCCGGCGAGCGGACUUACGAAGCUGUCCCCAUCCCAGUUGCUUAUGCGAGUCCAAUGAGCCCUAACUUUCCGCAUGGAGCACAACAUUGA